CCCGCCGGCGUCCUUUUGUCAGCGCGCGCGGCCAGGAGAGCUCGCAUUUCCUCCCAGCCUCGUGCGGGAAAUGGAUUUAAUUCUGACGGCCGGGCUGUGAGGCACGCGCGGCAACGAAAGCCUUUUGUCAAGGAGUAGCCGCCCCUGUUGUCCGUAAUUACCACUGACGCGGAGGAGCUGCACUGCUGGCGGAUUUGCAAGCAGCUCUGACAAGUGCUGGGCUGCAGGAUGGGUAGAAAACACUGCUCUGCAGAUUAGCUGGGUGCAUUCAUUAAGCAGAUCCCCCAAAGAGAAAACAGCAAAACGAACAAAACAACCACCCACACUGGAAGACCAGAGAUGGAUAAGAUGCCGAGGAGUUUUCAGCCACGUGUUUGAAAUCCUGUAGAUGUGGUCAGCGUCCCUGAGAGCAGAGUGGGGUGCACAGGCCAAGUGCUGAGAAGAGGCAGCCUGGGACAAGGCUGAGCCAGCCUCUUGGGCUCCGGGAGUGGAUCGUAAACCCACAAGGACGAUGAGUGAGGAGACUGUCCCCGAGGCUGCUUCCCCGCCGCCCCCGCAGGAGCAGCAGUACUUCGACCGCUUCUCUGAGGACGACCCUGAGUACCUGCGCCUUCGCAGCCGUGCGGCGGACCUGCGGCAGGACUUCAACCUGAUGGAGCAGAAGAAGCGGGUCACCAUGAUCCUGCGGAGCCCAUCUUUCAGGGAGGAGCUGGAGGGCCUCAUCCAGGAACAGAUGAAGAAGGGGAACAACUCCUCCAACAUCUGGGCUCUGCGGCAGAUCGCGGACUUCAUGGCCAGCACCUCCCACGCUGUCUUCCCAACAUCCUCCAUGAACUUCUCUGUGGUGACGCCCAUCAACGACCUCCACACAGCUGACUCCUUGAACCUGGCCAAGGGGGAGCGGCUCAUGCGGUGCAAGAUCAGCAGUGUCUACCGGCUCCUGGACCUCUAUGGCUGGGCUCAGCUGAGUGACACCUAUGUCACGCUGAGAGUCAGCAAGGAGCAGGACCACUUCCUGAUGAGCCCGAAGGGAGUUUCCUGCAGCGAGGUCACAGCUUCCAGCCUGAUCAAGGUGAACAUUCUGGGCGAGGUGGUGGAGAAGGGCAGCAGCUGCUUCCCAGUGGACACCUCUGGCUUCUGUCUGCACUCGGCCAUCUAUGCAGCCAGACCCGACGUGCGGUGCGUCAUUCACCUGCACACGCCAGCCACGGCGGCGGUGUCGGCCAUGAAGAGUGGCCUCCUGCCCGUCUCCCACAAUGCGCUGCUGGUGGGGGACAUGGCCUAUUAUGACUUCAAUGGCGAAAUGGAGCAGGAAGCUGAUCGGAUCAACCUGCAGAAGUGCCUUGGACCCACCUGCAAGAUCCUGGUGCUAAGAAACCAUGGAGUGAUUGCCCUCGGUGACACUGUGGAGGAGGCGUUUUAUAAGAUCUUCCACCUGCAGGCUGCAUGUGAGAUACAGGUGUCUGCCCUGUCCAGUGCCGGGGGAGCAGAGAACCUCAUCCUCCUGGAGCAGAAGCACCGACCCCAUGAGGUGGGCUCUGUGCAGUGGGCAGGGAGUACCUUUGGGCCCUUGCAGAAGAGCCGGCUGGGGGAGCAUGAGUUCGAGGCCCUCAUGAGGAUGUUAGACAACCUGGGUUAUAGAACGGGUUACACGUACCGCUAUCCCUUCGUUCAAGAGAAAACCAAACACAAAAGUGAGGUGGAGAUCCCAGCCACGGUCACAGCCUUUGUGUUGGAGGAGGACGGUGCCCCAGUGCCCAUGCUACGGCAGCACGCCCAGAAGCAGCAGAAGGAGAAGACGCGCUGGCUCAACACCCCCAACACCUACCUGCGGGUCAGCGUGGCUGACGAGGUCCAGAGGAGCAUGGGCAGCCCCCGACCCAAGACCACAUGGAUGAAGGCUGACGAGGUGGAGAAAUCCAGCAGUGGCAUGCCAAUACGGAUCGAAAAUCCAAACCAAUUUGUGCCUCUCUAUACCGACCCCCAGGAAGUGUUGGACAUGCGGAACAAGAUUCGAGAACAAAACCGACAAGAUGUGAAGUCAGCAGGGCCUCAGUCCCAGCUCCUGGCAAGCGUCAUUGCUGAGAAGAGCCGAAGCCCGUCCACAGAGAGCCAGCUGAUGUCCAAGGGUGACGUGGAUACCGAAGAUGAUUCAGAGGAGACGGUGCCCAACCCCUUCAGCCAACUCACUGACCAGGAGCUUGAGGAGUACAAGAAAGAGGUGGAGAGGAAGAAUCUAGAACUUGAUGGAGAGAAAGAAACCACCACAGAGGAGCCUGGCUCACCUGUAAGGUCGGCACCUAUUUCUCCGGUACAGAGUCCAGCAAAGUCAGAGACGAAGAGCCCUGUGCUCUCUCCUGCCAAGUCUUUAGACGAAGGUGCUAAGAAGACAGAAACAAACAGAGCCACCACAGAGCCUGAACCAGCACAGCCAGAAGGAGUGGUGGUCAACGGGAGGGAGGAGGAGCAGACCACGGAGGAAACGCUCAGCAGAGGCCUCAGCCAGAUGACCACCAAUGCCGACACGGAUGUCGACACCUCUAAGGACAAAACCGAGUCGGUCACCAGUGGCCCCAUGUCCCCAGAGGGCUCACCUUCCAAGUCUCCUUCCAAGAAGAAAAAGAAAUUCCGAACCCCAUCCUUCCUGAAAAAGAGCAAAAAGAAGGAGAAAGUGGAGUCCUGAUUCGUACACCCUUGGGCUCCCACCUGUAUCUGCUCUCUCCUCCCUUCCCUUCUCCCAUCUCUGUCCCUGGAAGCACAGAGCCAAGGAAGGAUAGAAUAGGACCCUGGACCACUCUCCAAGGGGGAACUUAGAUCACCUGACCAAACCCUCAUUUUACAGCUGCCCCAGAGAAAUCAGGUGACUUUCCCAAGGUCACACAGCUAGUUAGUGGCAGAGCCUGCACCAGAAUUCAAGGCUCCUGGCUCCCAGUUCAGUGCUCUUCCCACUACAAAACACUGCCUAGUUGUGGACUGCCUUUGUGAGGAUGCUGCCCAAGUGGGCUGCAAACUCUCCCGGGCUCAGACUGAAUCAGACAGGUUGGGGCUUCCCCCAAGCACGUUCCUUCGCACAGAAACCCAGUCUCUUGCUAAUGGAGUUGUCUCCAUGUUUAGAAAUCUGUCUUUUCUGUAGGGUCCCUGCCCUGCUGCUCACAGUAACCAGACAAACUGCCCCAUCCCCUCCACCAGAAGUUAAUCCUUGUUUCCAAGGGCUGAUGGCUUAGCUUGUGCUUCUGCAACCACUAACCCUGAGCUUUCUUCAUGGAACCUCCUGAAUGACAGAUGGAAGAGUUGUAAGAGUUGGCAGACAUAAAGACAAGCCAGGUCAGCCAUAGUUGGGGGAUAGUUUAAUCGACAAAAGGAGCCAGAAAUUCGACCCAUCUGAAUUGUGCAUCUCAGGCGCUUCAAAAGUAAAACCAAAUUCAGCUUAGAGAAAAGUUGUCUCAUGCUCAGGGCAGAAAUAUGGGGAAAUUUAGAUCCUCUGUUGGCUUUGGGUUGUCGAAGGGGGAUCAAAACAGCACAGGAAAUGCUAUGUCUCUCCAGUUUUGCAUGACAGGUGCCAUGGUGUGGCUCUACCUGUCCCACUCCCGUUCAGAGUCAGGUAUCCCCUGACCUUCCCGCAGGCCUGGAUGCAUUGGCGCACAGACUGGAAUGGGCAUCUUACCCGUGAUACCUUAACUUUGGCUCCUUUGGGUUCUGACUCAGUCACUCUGGGUCCAGCAGAGGAGGGUGUGACGAGCCCUUUGGGAAUAAUCCUCUUGGACCAGCUGUCAGAGAAAUUCUUGGGUGUCCCGGCUCUGUCAUCGUCUGUCCAUCCUGGGGCUUUGUAUUAACCACAGCCAUUGUUGCGAAUUCCGACACUGUCUUUUCAUAUCCUUCCAUGGGGCACUGAUUAAUCAACAUUGUUGGCUCCUCAAAAACAGACAAUCUAUUCUCUUUAAAGCACAGUGUCUUUAAAGAAUAUUUUCCCCUUUUGUCCUGAUAAUUGUAAAACUAUUUCUGAAAGUUCUUAAUCAUAGUGUUUCAUUUUUGAGCACUUAUUAUAUAUAGAGACACUGUGUUCAGGCUUUACAUACAUCAUACCCUUUGACCGUCACAAUAAUCCUGUGAUGUGGACAAGAUUAUUCUGAUUUUAUGGUUAAGGAAACUGAGCUCCAGAAGGACAACUGACUUGUUCCAGGUGACUUAUCUAGAAAAAUCGGGAGCCUGGGUUUGAUGCCAGGUCAGUCUGAAUCCAGAGCUUUUGCUUUUAACAACUGUGGUGAUCCUUUAAUCCUUUAAUCUCCAGUAGUGGUGGUUUUAGCCCAAGACCCGCUUCUAGGACUAUCUCCUCUGCAUAGUGUCAGCACUGGAAAUGAAGGUAGGAAACAACCUGCGUUUUCCCUCAUCACAUUAAAUCCCUGAUUAAUGUGGACUGCGGUAAGGCCAGUGUGGUCCUGUGACAGGAGUGGCAAUAGCCUUGCCAUUAGGGCAGGAGGUCCCAUACAUAGUUGGGCUAUUUCUCUAGAAGGCAGGAAACUUGAUAUAUGACUAAGGAAAACCUGAGGCUGUGUUUCUCUAGUGCAGUUACCUAAUUGCUAGCCCAGGCCCCCAGACCCCCACCCUACUUUCUGAUUGGGUUUUGUGAUGGGCAACCCAAUGGUCAGGGGCACCAAAGCCCCAGAAAAAAAAUCUGUGAUACGGGAAAUGCUUUUCAAAGCCAAUCCUUUGAUGCCUUCUUUAAGAAAGAGAUCUCACAUCCAUUCAUCCAUCUCUUCACAAUAUUUGUUCAGCACCCACUAGGCGUCAGGCAUUACGCUGUCAUUAAAAGAGGACAGAUUUUUUGACUAGAAUCAGCGGCAGGCAGUGUUCAGAGAAUGGUGGAGUGGCCACAACCACAGAUGCGGGUCUUCCUGUUUGAGUAGCUGUAGCUCAGAGAUUAUGUUAAUUGAUUCUUGGCAUUCAAAUUCUCUUUAUUCCCUUUAAAACCACGAGACCAGCCCUGCUGGAGCACUGCCCUUGGAAUUAAGUAUGGGUCCACCUCAUACUUAGCCAUUUGUUCAUUCCAAGUGCACUCAAAACAAAAGUAUGUGAGUUUCAGUCACAGGUCAGGCCUGGGGGCAGGACAUGGUUCCUGCCCGUGGGAAAUUCACAAGUACAGGACGCAUGUAGACAAGUUACAAAAUGGGCAAGAGCUCAGCGGUGGCAUGAGGAAGCUGUGAUUUACUAUCUUCUGGGCCAGAGAAACCUUCCUGAAAGGAGUAAUGAUUGAGUUAUGUUUUCAAAACAGAGGAAUUUUCCAGGAGAACAAAAGGCUUGGCAGGACAUUGGUCAUGAGGGAAGAGCUUGUGCAAAGCUAGAAGAAUGGAACUCCAUGACAGGCCCGUGGAGUGAUUUGGUACAGCCGGCGAUGAGCCAUGAGGAGGGGGUUUGGUUGCACAUGGGCAGGGCGGGGUCAUAAAGAAAUUUGGAGAAAAGGUGGAGGAGCUAGACCUCACUGUGUACGGGGUUUGGAGCUGCUGCGGGCUUAUUAUCAGGGUGUCAUGAUCAUCUUGCAUUUUAGAAACAAGCCCUUUAGUGGCUGAGUGGAGAGGGCCUGGAGGAGAGAAGCAUAGGAGAUCUCACAUGAGGCCCUCCCGAAAGGUCAGCACCAAAGCACGUUUGGUGGCCUGCUUUCAGGCCACCAAAAGAAACUAUAGUUUCUUUUAUAGCAAAUAGUGAGCUUCCAGCACAGAAUUCAUUUGAAAUUCUUUGGAUCAGGCAUCCUAAGAGAGAUUUUCAACAAGAAGAGGGAAAUACUCAAAGAGCAAAUGCUUAGUGCAGUUUCCGGGGCAGUCCUGUCUUGGUGCAGGAUUGCUGGGAGCGCUGUUGAGUUACUCCAAUUCCUUCUUCCUUUGCAUGCCUCGGCUGUGCCUGCUUAGCUCCAGCCUUGAGGCCAUGCACUGAAUGCUGUUGAAGCACACAUGCAGUCCAAACCAACCGGGUUUUAGGGUGAGAGGAAGGGGCAUUUUCUUUGGCUUGGAUAAAAGCCGUAUCUGUCUGGGAAAGUGUAUAUAUGGAGAGCUUAGAAUUGGUAGGCAAUAGGUGCAUUUUUAGUAAAGCUACUGUGCUUGGAUAUGCUGCAGAAGAGGGAGGAGAGAAUUUGAACCAAUCUGCUGUGUUAUGGAUGCUGAGCUGGGAAGUGGAGAGGUUUCUGAGCCUCUCUCUGUGGGAAGACGGACAGGGUUAGGCAUGAAGAGGUAGGGGAAAUGGGUACAGAGAGAAGCAUGGCUCCAGUGACUAACUGUGCGCUGGUGGCUGGCACCAGCAGUGAUGUGGGAGAAGAGUCCACACUAUGUGAUCUUAAACUUUGUAAAGAAAACACUGCCAAGAGACAGCCCCGUAGCCUGGACCUGGGCUCCAUUAGAGCCUCCUGGCCUACCAAUGACCCAAGGAACUGCCUGACUUCAGCUAGGUUAUACCCAGAUAAAAAUAACCUCCCUCACACUCUGGUAAUGAAAAUGCUGCUCUUCCUCUGCAGACAGAUUAGGUCUUUUUAAAGGACUUGUGGGGACCUCGGAUGAGAAGCCCGGUCUAGUUAGAUUCCCCACCAGAAGGCAUUGCCCUUCUACUCCCAGUUCGUGUGUGUGAUCCUUGAAUCCUGCUCCCUUAGUCCAAUGCUGUGUCACUCCUGAGAGUGGCAGGAAAGCCACACAGAUGUCGUUUGGCACUGUCCUAACAGGGCCACCACUCUUGCCAGCACGAGGAGGGCUAGAAAGCCACUUCUCGGGUUGCCGUGGGUUUGAGAGGGCCAUUCACCCUGCAGCACAGUGCACUUCUGAAAGUGUAAAAGGUUAAGAAGAAGUUCGGAUUUUUCCAUGGAGGGAUGUGUAGGGGUAAACAUAAACAUAGCCUACUGCCGACCUGUAUGUUAUCCUUUGCACAAGUGCAAAUUUUAUGUUCUAGUUCCAGGCUAAGAGUACUCAGCUUUUGAUGAUUGAACAAAUGAGAAAACACGUGACCCUUCCUCCCUGUACUCCUGCAGCCUUCCGAAGGCCUGAAACUGGUUGGCACAACUGCAGGUGACUAUGAGCAUAGGGGCGAUAGACCUUUGCACCUCUUGGGCCUGAGCAGCUCUCUAAGGCAGUGACAUUCAAAGAGCCUGGAAAAGAGGGAACAAAUCUAUGCUCUCCACUUUCUCAGGAAGGACAGGGCACCUCACAGUUUAAAAUGCAGUGGCACUGAUCCACAUCUAUUCCAGAAGGACUAAUGUAAUACGGGAAGUCAGAGGCCGGCCCUGAUGGAUGAAAUGUGCUCACUGGUUAUCUUCUGUCUCGGUUCCGUUGGUGCCCCAGGAUGCCAGCACAGAGACAGCAGAGUGAUCACUCCCAGGGGCAUACUUUCUGCAGAAAUAGCAUACACACACACAGAGGUGUCACCGAGGCACACCCAACUCUCCUGGGCCCCUCAUGGUGAGAAGCCACCCUCACCCAGGAACCAAUAUGGGGGCUUCAAGAGGCAUGUCCCUAAUGGACAAAGCUUUUAUUGUUUUUAUAGAGACAGGUUUCUCUUUUCAGGAGCAAUUAGAAUCUCCAGCUAGAGGAUUUCUGAAAAUCCAGAAGUGAUGGUUUCCACUUAGUUUUAGGGACUAGGUUUUGCCAAACUGAUUUGCCUUUGAGAUUUCCCCAGAAGUUGCAUCAUCACUAUGAGAAAUGGGGGCCUGAAGAAGAAAGAGAAGGGGUAACUGUUACUGACACAGGGGGAGGUGGGGAACCCUCCGGCAUGGCUGGCCAGGGCUGCAUGUGAGAGGGUCCUGGGGGCUGUGGCAGUGCGGUCCACGCGGUCGGCUCCUGGAUGUUCUCAUGCGCUGUUUCCCAAGCAGCGGAAUGUGGCCAGCCGUGAUGGCAAACCCCUCAGUGGUGUAAAGAAAACAUGGCAAGAGUGUAGGGGGCGGUGGGAGAAUCACUGCAAAAACACCCUAACCGCUUCUCCCCUCCCUCAAAUCAUCUUGUAUAAAGUUUAGAAGCUCAAAGUUCAGAUUAAAAUGUGGGUGCCCAUCGUGACCUCAAGACACUUAAACUAAGUACAGGGGUCACAUUUAAA